AUGUGCUGCGACUGCGCGUGGACCCUUCACGACUCCAGCGAUUCAUUCACGCAUCUUUCCGGAGUGGUUUCUCCCAACAUUGUCCUCAAGACUGAGAGGCAAGGCAAAGAGGAGGAGCAUGGAGAUCCUGAUGAGCUUAUGGACACUGAGAUCCGAGCCUACAAGCAAUUGAAACCCGUGCAAGGCGUCGUGGUGCCCGUCUACUAUGGCGAAGUUCGGUGCAAUGGUUUCAGAUCGAUAAUCGUUCAAGACGUCGGGGGCGCGUCGUUGCGCGAGCCCGAAGGUAUACUGCUGGAAUUCGACGAGUUUGCAAGGCUGCUCGAGGAGUGUUACGUUGCGCUCAUCAGCUUUAGUGUGAACCUCGAGGAUAGUCAACUGGGGAACUUUAUCCUGGUGGACGGCAAAGUGAUGGCCGUAGAUCUGGAGAUGGUGUCUUUUUACAGGACUGAAGACGAGAUGAAGCAAUUCAUGUACAUGGACAUCAGCGAGUUGGCACAAUCAUCCCCAAAGUAA